UUUGUAAAAUAAGCAGACUGAUAUGAAAUCAUGAACUGACAAUCCACAGAUAUUGAUAUCCAUUCAUAUUCAUUGUGCGGAAGAUUUAUACUGAAGUCGAUUUUAAAAGGCCUUUUUAGAACAUCAGAUGUUCAUGAAUCUCGAAUAAGAAAGAGCAACGCAAAGCAAAGCGUGCCCCAAAAAUUCAAUAGGCUAAUACAGGCACAUGGACUACUUUGUCAAUAUUAAGUGGGCCUGUGGAUCACUUUAUUGACCUAUCAAGUGUUCAACAACUCACAGCGUUUUCUUCCAUGUUCUUGUCAAAUUCAUCAAAGGAAUAACAAAAUUGUGGAAAAUGUUUGUAAACUGCCCCCGACUGGUGGUGCUUCUGGCUCUACAUGUGUUUUCCAUGUGGGCUGUCGGCCCAACUUUUGCUGGGCAGCGCCAUGACUAUCAUCAUGAACAGAACAGGUCAGCCCUUCCAGCGGAGUGUAAUGAACACUGGGGCUACAAGGGAAAAUGUGGAGAGAAUGUAUGGGGAAUCAUAGCCCCAAUGUGCUCCCAAGGGACCCACGAAUCUCCCAUUAACAUUGACCCAAGGAGCACCAAGUAUAAUAACAGUUUGUCAACACCGGAGUUCUUCAAGGGUGCUGGAAACAAAAUGCAUUCUAUUGUGAACAAUGGACACACAGCAAUCGUCCACAUUGAAAAUGAAUACUUUGUGAAAGAUGCAGGCCUGCCUGGCAAAUACAAAAUUGCCCAGCUGCAUUUCCACUGGGGAUCUGACGACUUCAAGGGAUCAGAACACACCAUAGCGGGAAAGUCAUACCCAUUAGAGGUCCACAUUGUGAUGUACAACCGUGACAAGUACGCUAACUUUAAAGAGAGUAUAGCGUCUGAUGAUGAUAAGGCAGUGGCUGUAUUUGCCAGUUUUGCUGAUGUAUCAGAUACAAAUGAGGGGACUGAAAUAUUUGAUGCCAUUUCGAAAGCAUUGAAGAAGAUAAAAUACAAAGAUCUCGAAAAUCACGUCGAACUGGAGGCAUUCCCCCCGUCCAACCUCAUGCCCAAAUCCCGUGAUCAAUACUACCGGUACACUGGCUCCUUCACCACCCCACCCUGCUCUGAGAUUGUCAUAUGGACCGUGUUCAAGGACACUAUCCCAAUAUCACAUGAACAGCUCAAAGACUUCCGACAACUCUCCGAUAAGCCAAAAGACAAGACAUUUGAGCAAAUGGCCAACAACUAUCGCAUCACCCAACCGCUGGAGAACAGAGCCAUAACCAGGAGUUUCAAGGCCAUCCCUGAACAAGCGGAAGGAUAUCAAAUUGUCGGGGGAUCAGGAGCGAGAACCUUGGUUCCAAUGGUGGCUAUGAUUGGUUGGACGACUCUUUUGGCAAUGAUCCUACUGUAGAUUUAUUCAAGAAGUGCCCGCAUGGUGGCCUAUUGACCUCACAGGGAACUAUUAACUAUUUAAUCGUUGUAAUCCGUGUCAGUAGAAGAUUCCAUCAUGGCAUGAUCUUUUUCUCGGAAUGUAUUGACAAUUCUGUUAUAUUUUGUAUAUACGUGUGAACAGAGACCCCUACUGGUGACUUUUCACUUGAUCUGUCCUACCUGACACCUGCCUGUAUUCUCUCUUUAACAUGUACUCGAUGUGGUAUAUAUAUACACAUGUAGUGAUUUUUACAAUUUACAAAAUAUACCUCGAUACCAGUGUAAUAUAUAUAGUUCCGGUACACAAUAUAAUAUAGGGUGUGCCCGUAGUUGUUAACAGUAGACUGGUACAGUCCAAAUCACAAUUGACAUCUCUUCUGCUUUGCGUCAGUGACACGGAACAUACUCGCAAGUUGCAUGCCAAUGACACACCAGUGACACGCUCGACCUACGUGCGACUUACGCACGACCUCCACACUACCCAAUGCGUAGGUCAUGCAAAUCGCAUCAGACACGAUUUACUGGAUGUCAUUUGUGAUUUGGACUGUAUCUCAGUCCAGUGGAAGAAGCGGGUAUGUACGUGUGUGCGUCUGUGUGUCAUUCAAAUGUUCUAUAAAAAAGAUACAAUGACCACCCAAAAUACUGGCCUCGUGAUGGCAAGAUGUAGUUCAGGUAACAUGCAUGUCACGAUGCAUGGCGUUGUGUUGAAUUGUGGCAAAUGAUGCUGUCUCAAACGUGAUAAGGGCAACGUAAGACAUUCCACAUCAAAACUAGCAGGUCACACUAGAAAAUACAAAAUUAAUGAUCUCUCAUCUUUAGAUAAAUAUUAUAUG